GUAGCUGCUGCUGCUGCCAUUCAUCAGGGUGGUGGUGAUAUGCAUGCUAAUGUUCAUCAUGGUGUAAAUGGUACAGGAAGCUGUAGUGGUGGCAACGAUGGCAACGGUGAGACUCAUUUGAAGAAGGGCCCAUGGACGGCGGAGGAGGACGCGAUACUAGCGGAGUACGUGAGGAAACAUGGUGAAGGGAAUUGGAAUGCAGUGCAAAGGCAUUCUGGACUGUCUCGCUGUGGCAAGAGUUGCAGGCUCCGUUGGGCCAACCACCUUCGGCCCAACCUUAAGAAAGGUGCCUUCUCGCCUGAAGAGGAGAGGCUCAUUGUUGAGUUGCAUGCUAAGUUUGGCAACAAAUGGGCUCGUAUGGCUACUCUGCUCCCUGGAAGAACAGAUAAUGAAAUCAAGAACUACUGGAACACAAGAAUCAAGAGACACCAUCGUCAAGGUCUUCCUCUUUAUCCUGCGGAUAUUCAACCUCAACACCCACCAAGCCCCCACUUCCACCGCCCGCCAAGCCCCCACUUCCACCACCGCAGAUCCUCCUCACUGUCCAUCCCUCCAACCGCCCCUACGUCAUCUUUCACUUUUCCAACACCAAACACCGCCACUUACUCACUGACUCCGACGCCUGCUACCCCUCCCUCUCUCUUCCCUACACACACUUCUGCUAGUUUUCCUACUCUUCCACUUCUGGACCCCUCUCAACCACAGUACCACCACCACCACCAUGCAACUCACUCCACGCCUCCCAACCCAACCUCUUCUUUUUCUUUCCAAUCGCAACUGCCCUCUCCAACCCAUGCACAUACACACAAUUCUGCUUGUUCUACACCACCCCCCGUAUCUCCCCUGUCCUCUCCCUCCAUCAAUACACCAACGAAUUUUCCUACUCUGCCACUUUUUGAUUUCUCUGUGCACAGAACCCCUCCAACCAUUCAGACCCCUGUGCGCUUCAAACGAUUCUUCUCCUCCCCUAACAUAGCCUCUCUCGCCACAAACGACGACACCUCCACUAUUAGUCCUAAUUCUCACUUCUCUCUCCCCUUAUCUCCAUUGCCUCCUGCUUCGGCAUCCAACUCACCGUUGGAUCACCAGAUGCCUUCCUGCUUUUCUAACUUGCUCAGCAGUAACAACAGCAGCGAGUUCCACAAUGAACUGCAGAGAGAGAAUCAGGAAAUGUGUUCGCUUUUGGCUUCUGUAACACAACCGGAGCUCCCUUCAAACCAGUUUUCACCAACAAUAAACCAGAAUAGGAAUUUGGGGAUUGGUAUUGCUACUAGUGGUAGUAAGUUCGGUAGAAAAUCAACUAAGAAGAAAUUUGGUAAUUCUAUUAAAGAUCAGGUUAACGGCAACCUGGGUCUUACAUUGGAGGAUCUCUUGCAAGAGGCUAAAGGAUUGGCAGAAUGUGGACAGAUAUCAACAGAGCAGAGCAGUUUGGUUUUGCAGGAACAGAAGCCUAAACUGCUCGUCUCUGACGGAUUUGGCUUACAUUGGGAUCAAUCCAGUUCACUUGCUUUGUCGUCAGAAUUGGAACCGGAGGUUGACAUUUCAGACCAUCUGAACGACAUGCCUGAAGACUUCAACAAGGUCUUGGACACCCUCCCUUAUACAAUGCAGCCUGAGUUGUAUAGUGAUGGUGCGGAUGGGCCAUGUUCAGUCAUAACAGAUGAUGAUAUGGGGUUUGAUAUGCAGCAGAUAGCUUCACUGUUUUCUCCAGCAGAGCAUGGCAGGACUCUUGGGUCUUGCUCUUGGGAUAACUUGCCAGGAAUUUGCUGA